AUGGCAGUUCUCAAAUUGCUCACGCUCUUAUUAAUUGUGCACUUGGCGUAUGGAGGACCACCAGGAACAACUGGAGAUUUGAAUAGUCCAAAACUCAAGGAGCUAGUGGAAAAAGACGCCAAGCAAUAUCUGGAAUCCUUCGGCUACAUGUCCAAGUUUAAAGCAGACAAGAAAAGCGAAAGCAAAACGCAAGAGCCGAGCAAGUACGACCUACAAACAGCGCUUCGGCGAUUUCAAAAGGCAUUUUUAAUAUACCGUUCCGGUAUUGUAGAUGUUCCUACACAUUCGAAAAUGAACGAGUAUCGAUGCGGUAAUAAGGAUAUGCACGAGGGAGAAGACUUAAAAGAUGAUUUACAGUAUUAA